GGCAGGGACUAAUAAAUGCAUUACUGCUGCUUACGAGCAUAAUUUUCUUUUGAUUGAUGAGAUACCUGGAUUGAUAUCGGCAGGCAUUGAUUUUGAAAUAUAGACUGUUGGAUAAAAUCUUAUCCCAUAUGCCGGGAUGCAUCUCGCCAAUGGAAGGAGUGAUUUGCAUUCAACGCUAUAUGCUAGUUAGUAUUCAAAUCAAACAAGUGCUACUACCCACACGGGGAUCAGCCUUCCGCUUUACCAAAAAAAUAACCGAAACAGCAGCAUGUCAAUCAAAAGAUCAACACAUUAUAGGGCGAAGCAGAAAAUUACACUGCCGUCAAAUUUCUUGUACCGGGUUCUCAUUGACAGCAGCAACGGAAGACCACGAGGAUGAUCCAACGUGCGCUGACGGGCAUUCUUUGGAUUUAGGAGCUGAAGAAAUCUCCUCCCACAAAGUAAAAGCAAAGGAAAAUGCGUUGAGGUGGACUGAUGUACAAGUCCAAAAUCUGGACGUUGCACAGAGGAAUCUCAUUGAAGAGCUGCCUCCAAAAAUGAGCGGAAGAAGUAAGGCUGUUAUCAAACAUAUCAUCUGUAUGACAGGGGAGGAUGACCCAUAUCCGUUGUUGAUGAAAUGGGUCAAGAUCAUGAAGCCCAAAAGAGUAGAUUGGCUUGCAGUUCUCAAGCAGUUGAAUUUGUAUGAUCAUCCUCUUUUCUUCAAGAUAACAGAAAUUGCUCUUAGUGAAGAAUCAUUCGAACCCAACAUUCGUGAUUAUACAAAACUUAUAGAUGCCUAUGCAGUGAAAGGCCAUUUGGAAGAUGCUGAAAGAAUACUUGUGACAGUGGAGGAUAGGGGUUUCAUUUGUGAUGCAGCUAUGUUUACUGUAUUAAUCCGGAUGUACAGUAAAGCAGGCAAUUUCGAAAAGGCAAGAGAUACAUUUGAUAAGAUGAGAUUAUCUGGUCUUCAGCUGGAUCAAAAAGCAUAUGGUGCAAUGAUAAUGGCUUAUGUGAGGGUAGGAAUGCCUGAAGCAGGAGAGUCUUUGAUUAGAGAGAUGGAAGCAAAGGAUAUGUAUGCAGGUAUAGAGGUCUACAAGGCAUUGCUAAAGUUUUUUGCUCGGCAAGGUAAUGCUGUUGGUGCCCAAAGGGUCUUCAAUGCUAUGCAGUUUGCUGGGAUUCUACCAAAUCUCAAUUCCUGCACUCUACUUAUUGAAGCUUAUGCCCAUGCUGGUGACGCAGACCAGGCUAGAGCUGUUUUUGAGAACAUGAUGAAGGCUGGCCACAAGCCAGAUGAUAAAUGUACAUAUUUCAUGGUUUAUGCAUAUGAGAAAAAAAACAUGCUUGGCAAAGCACUAUCAUUGCUAAUGAAUCUUGAAAAAGAUGGAUUCAAGCUAGGGGCUGCUACUUCAGCUCUUUUAAUUGAUUGGCUAGGCAAGUUGGGUUUUGUAGAGGAAGCAGAGCAAAUUUUCCUGGAGAUAACGCAAAUGGGGGAAGUGCCCUCCAAAGUUCUUGUAAGCCUUUGUGAUAUGUAUUCGAGGGCAGGGCUGCAUGAAAAAGCUAUAAAUGCUUUAGAUACCAUGCAAAAUAACCUUCAUGCUUUGAAUUCCCAAGAAUUUGAAAAGCUGAUAAAUGGCCUUUUAGCAGGUGAUCUUGUAGAUCAAGCAAAGAAAAUGCAUGAACAAAUGCAAAUUCAUGGGUUGACUCCUCCAGAAUCUAUCUUACUAUAACUAAUUCAUUGCAGUAAUCGCUAGCCUAAGAAAUCUCACAAAAGGGUCUUUUGACAAGAUACACACAAAAAUCAAGAGACAUUAUGCACUUUCAUACAUUUAUAUCUAAAACUAGACCUAGUGUUUUUGUUGCCA